AUGUAUGCUCUCAUGCCUGAGAAGGACGUAGUCGCUCAGACUACAAUGCUGCAAGCGUUUGCUCACAAUGGUGUUGUCGAGAAGGCAACGAAGAUCUUUGAUGUAAUCCUUGACAAGGAUGAAAGGAGCAUGUAUGGGAAAUGCCGUAGCCUGCUGGACGCCGUCACAGUCUUCGACCGAGCCGACUGCGAUGAUCACGGCCUUUGGAAACAACCACCACUGCCGCGAGGCAUCCAAGCUCUCGCUGGAAUGGACUUGGAAGGCGUGGAAGCCAACCAUGUCGGGGUCAGUCCUCUCGGAGAAGCCAACCAGGCGAGCCUCCACUCCCAGAAGCUUUUCGUCCAGAUGUUUGCGAGGUGUGGAUCACUGCCCGGUGCCGAGGCUGUCUUUCGGCAAAUCCCUCCACACGUAACUUCUUACGACGCCAUGGUCGCGGCCUACCCUCGAGCUGGUGAGGCCCAGGCGGCCAUCCGGACAUUCGAACUCAUGAACAGUGAGUGA